AUGGCCACGAUAAAUGCCACUGUCGCUGGCGUCUUUAGCCAUCCCGAUACGUAUCUAAACGUGUUCGAGGAAGUCACGAAAUAUAAUGUUCACCUCAACGUGGUAGAGCGCGCUUGGGCGGCCUGGUAUCUAUGGAUGCAGAACGACACAUUAGCGACGGGUAUCAUGAGUUUCCUCAUGCACGAGAUCAUCUACUUCGGCCGGUGUAUACCCUAUAUGGUUCUCGACCGUAUCCCUUUUUUCAACCGCUACAAGAUCCAAAACCAAAAGAUCCCGACGUGGAAAGAGCAGUGGGAAUGCGCCGCGCUCGUCCUUCUCAGUCACGUUACCGUCGAAUUACCUCAGAUCUGGCUUUUCCACCCUAUCGCUACCUACUUCGGUAUGGACUACGGUGUUCCCUUCCCUAAGCUCUCGACAAUGGCCCUACAAAUCGCCGUCUUCUUUGUUGUUGAAGAUGCAUGGCAUUACUGGUUUCACCGAGCACUGCACUACGGCCCCCUGUACAAGAUGAUUCACAAGCUUCACCACACUUACUCCGCCCCCUUCGGUCUAGCUGCUGAAUACGCCUCGCCGAUCGAAACUAUGCUCCUCGCUCUAGGAACAGUCGGAAGUCCCAUUGUCUGGGUUUCUCUAACCGGAGAGCUUCACCUAUUCACCAUGUACAUGUGGAUUGUCGGCCGUCUAUUCCAGGCCAUCGACUCUCACAGUGGAUACGAUUUCCCCUGGAGCUUGAGGCAUUUCCUGCCCUUCUGGGCCGGUGCCUUCCACCACGACGUCCACCACGAGAAGUUCAUUGGAAACUACUCCUCCAGCUUCACAUGGUGGGACUGGAUGCUUGAUACCGAGUCCGGUCCCGAGGCUGCCAGGCGCCGCCGCGAGAGGAAGCUCAAGUCUAUCAAGGCCAAGAAGGCCGAGUAA